UUCUCUCCAGAACACCAAAAUGCCUGAUUACUACGUGGAAUUGAAAGCUGAGUUGGAAGGAGACCUAACCGAAAUUGAACCAUUCUGGGGUUGGGAAAACAUUGACCAAGAACUCAUGUGCAUCUCGCCGGUUUGUAGCCGCUGUCACUGUUCCUUCCACUACUUGGUGGUAUCUCUAAGCAAGUAUGAGUCUCCAGAACGUUUCGAGACUGCGGAUGGACAUUUUACCGACGCCCUACAACUCCAGCUUGGGAGGCAGCAGUCCUUGUAUCGCUUUGGUGUGGAGGUGGGAAAAGCAAGGGUGACAGCAUCCUUUGUGGAUGCGUAGAAACAACAACUGAUGUUUAAUCUUUAUUUUUAGUAAAUUAUG